UUUCAUGUUUCGGCCUCACAGCAUCAGGCCGAACAAACCCAUUUCCAGAUUCUGAGCCUUCUUUUCCUUGUUCUUAUUAUAUCUCCAGCGACUACCAUCACUUGGAAGUUGCAGGAAAAUCAAGCCAUGUCGGCUGGUUGCAGCAUCAGAGCCCUCUGGAUUCUCAACAGCGUAGACGCCGUCGUCUUUUCCAGGAGGUUUCCUGUGGUGGAGAAGCGGUGGUGUGCUGCUUGUCAGAGUGAAAAUGAGAGCGCUAGCGAAUAUUCGUCAAAGAAUCCCGUGGUAUCUGUACUACCUACAGAUGCAGAAUUAGCCACUGCAUUUGCAGAGAGGAAGCAAAGGGAGGGAUCCUUGCGCGGGUUUGGCAUUCGUGCAACUCAAUCAACCAAGGGCUCGGAUUCCUGGGUUGAUGAUCCGAUUACACGCCAUAUUAUAAGCCUUUACAUACACAGAGAGGAGGAAGGAGAGAAUCAUUUUCUAUGGCCUUUAGUCUUGCAUGUAAAGGGCCCCUAUUGCAUCCUAGUGUUGCCUCUGGUGGAGCCUCGUCAACUAAAGGAGUAUAUGGAGUUGUGUAGAAGAUCUGAUUGUGGAAAUGCUAUUGGUGCAGAUGGAAGUUUGUCUUCGCUCAUCCUUGAUCUUCUGUGCAUCACAGGGUAUGAACAUGGAAUGGAUAAGCAGGCUGUGAUGUCACCACCUUUAGGUACUUGUUUGGUCCGUUAUCAGGCAGGUUGUAUCCUUGCUCCUGUAAAGGGAUUUUAUCAAUUAUCAAUGGUUUCUGAAGAUGAAGGCGCAUUUUUAUUUAAGUUGAGACUCAUGGAAGGUUAUAAGGCCCCUCUGACAAUGGAAUUCUGUAAUGUGACAAUGCCAUUUCCUAGAAGAAGGGUCAUCUCUUUUGAGGGGACUCCAUCAAUUGGAACAGUUUCAACUACAGAGCACUCUGUUGAAUGGAAAAUUAUCACCAGUGGACGAGGUCUUGCUGGGAAAAGUAUUGAGGCAACUUUUCCUGGAACUGUCAGGUUUUCACCAUGGCAAACCCAAAGAGUCUCUUACUCUAGAUCGUUCUUUGGAAAUGCAGCUGAUGAAGAGAGUGAUACUGAGACAGAGUAUACUAACAAUAUGGUGAAUGUGGAGGAGUUUUUAAUGGAAAAAAUGAACAAAGAUCUCGCCCCAGUUGACUUAGAGGAGCCAUUUUGUUGGCAUGCGUAUAAUUAUGCGAAAGUAUCUUUCAAGAUUGUUGGUGCAUCUUUAUCUGGAAUGUCUAUUGAUCCUAAAUCUGUUAGCAUCUAUCCUGCGAUAAAAGCACCAGUAGAGUUAGCAACUCAGGCUACAUCUGGGGAUUAUAUUCUGUGGAAUACAUUAGGUGAAUGCCCAUCUGCUGCCUCUGCAAAAGCAUAAAUGAGUAGAUAGCAUUUCAGAAACAUAGAAUCUUGUCAUUGGAUGGGAAAGAAGAUUUUUAUUGGCAGAUGUAUUUACAGAUCUUGCUCUCAGAAAAUCGCCCAGCACAAGGCUAGAUGACUACUUUCCCAGGCUCAAGCCUUUGAGUUUGGCCAUACUCAAAGCUAAGCAUCAGUCUUUGUGAUUGCAGUUAAAACUCAUUGAUCGUGGAGACUGUGGUGUAAUUUGCUAUAUAUAUAUAUAUAUAUAUAUAUAAAUAAUAAGCGUUUUGAGACAGUAUCAACUUCUAAAGAGUUUGUUUUGAGCCAUCAUAUCCCUGCUUAUUUGGUGGAACUGAAACAUAUAGAAUGAGAUUGAAGCCAA